AGGAGGGUGCGAAAUACUUGAGGUGGGCCAGGUCGGGUUAUCUCUGGCAUUUUAUAUGGUCUCGAGUCACGACUCCAGAGAAAAACUACAUACCCUACAGUGAAGGAACUACACUUAGUUGCACAGGAGAUCAGCAACGGAUGGAACCCCACGGGCUCACUCAUGGCACUAUCUUCAACUCGAACGUUUGCUCGAAAAUGCUUCUUCCGGCUGCGGCGUCUCCGAUGGGCCACGCUCGCAACUGUGGUCUAUACUUCAGGAAAACCCCUUCCCUUCUUUGUUCAAUUCGGUCUUCGUCUUCUCUGCCUCGACGCCCUCUCAGAUACGCUGUGCUUGGUGCCGGAUUUGCUGGACUAUCUGUUGUUUGGCACUUGUUGCAGCACAGCCCCAAGGAGUUGCAUCUGCGAAUUGACAUAUAUGACGAAGUAGGCAUUGGAGGAGGUGCAUCUGGUGUUUCUGGGGGACUACUUCAUCCUUACUCGCCAAAAGUGAAGCUUCUUUGGAGGGGAGCUGACUGCUGGAAAGAGUGUAUGAAGCUUUUACACGUUGCUGAAACAGAAGUUUGUCCCAAUGAGUCAAACACAGAAGUUGGGAAAUCAAGCCAACAAUGUGACAGGUUUAUAGUUCGGAGAAGGGGCAUCAUGAGACCAGCGAUGAGCAUGAAGAAUUUGAAUGUGUUGAAUGAUAAUGCUCAAAACUCGCUUGCCAGUUGCAGAAUAGAGACCAUGGAUGAAGAUGCUGCCCAAAAACUUGUACCAAAUUUGUGUGUGCCUUUCAACUCUGCCUUUUAUAUGCCUGAUGCCGUAAAUGUUCAUCCUCAACGUUAUCUCCAGGCACUCUUUUUAUCAUGUAAAAAUUUGGUGAAAGAAUUGUCCGCUUCUGGCCUUGGGGUAAAAGAGCUGUUUUUGCACAAGAAAUCAAUAUGUGGCCUCCGGGAAUUUGAAGGGGAAUACGAUGCAGUUAUAAUUUGCCUAGGUGCCAAAGCAGAUAUGCUGCCCGAGCUCUCAGGCCGCCUUCCUUUAAGGACUUGCAGAGGGGUAAUUGCUCACCUCCAGCUGCCUGAUAAUUUAGGGGAGGAUUAUCCUGAACUAGGUCCUUCAAUACUAUCAGAUGGAUGGCUAGCAAUCCAGGGUACUCGCAGUUUGUACAUGGGCUCGACGUGGGAUUGGAAAUCACGAAAUUCUUCUCCAAUUGUUCAUGAAGACGAAGCUUCGAAAGCAUUUCAAGAGCUUCUUCCCAAGGCGUCUACUUUUUACCCAAGUAUUAAGAAUUGGACAUUAACUGGGGCAAGGGCCGGCUUGAGGGCAAUGCCCCCAUUGACUCCCCUUGGGUCACUCCCACUUUUGGGCUCUGUCAACGAUUUUGUAGCCAAAAAUUGUACUACUAGAUACUGGUUAUUUGGAGGACUGGGCUCAAGGGGCUUGUUAUACCAUGGUUGGCUGGGGAAAUUGAUAGCACAGGCAGUUGUUUCUUGUAACGAACAGUUAAUACCUUCUGAACUUACUUCCUGGAAGAAAGCAAGUCUAUAAUUGAUUGAAUACCAAUUCUUCAUUUCCUAGAAA